UUCAUUUCUAUGGCUUUAUAUUAUAGUUCAAUAUCAAUUAAGGUCUCUUGACUAGCUUUACUAUUUACAUUUUUUCUUCAUCUUUUCAAACAUUUUUUCUUUCAUGUGAAUUUUAAGAUAAGGGCAUGUUCUUCUAAAAUAUCCUAUUAAAUUGAAAAUUAUUUCCAUUAAAUUUAUGUGAAUUAGCAUUUAAAACUUUUUAUUACAGGGAAUUUUGUGUCUAUGUAGAAGUAGACAAAUGAAAUAAAAGAUUGAGAACUAAUUAAAUGAGAAAUAUCUUAGAACUAUGUUAGUCAUGAAAAAGUUAGCAUUUUUCUUCUGUGACUUCCUCACUUAUUCUUUCAUUUCAGUGAUUGGACACGGUGGAUAUGACAGAAGAAAAUGAGACUCUGGUGGCAGAGUUUGUGCUCAUGGGACUUACAGGUCAUCCAGAGCUGCAGGUCCCCCUGUUCCUGGGGUUCUUGGUGAUCUACCUCACCACCAUGGUGGGAAACCUUGGACUGAUUGGCCUCAUCUGCAAGGACCCCCAUCUUCACACUCCCAUGUACUUAUUCCUUGGCAGUUUAGCCUUUGCUGAUGCUUGUACUUCAUCCAGUGUGACUCCUAAGAUGCUUAUGAAUUUUUUAUCCAAGAAUCACAUGAUUUCCAUUUCUGACUGUAUGGCCCAAUUUUAUUUUUUUGGUUCCAGCGCAACCACAGAAUGUUUCCUCCUGGUAGUGAUGGCCUAUGACCGCUAUGUCACUAUAUGCAACCCCUUGCUUUAUCCGGUGGUGAUGUCCAAUCAACUCUGUAUGCAACUCAUAGGUGUUUCAUAUGCUAUUGGUUUUGUGCAUUCCGUGAUUCAUGUGACUUUGCUAUUUAGAUUAACUUUCUGCAGAUCGAAUAUAAUACAAUAUUUCUACUGUGAAAUUUUACAACUGUUCAAAAUUUCUUGCACUGAUCCUGCAAUUAAUACAUUCCUGGUUUUAAUUUUUUCAGCCUUUAUACAAGUCAUUACUUUCACGGCCACCAUAGUCUCCUAUACCUGUGUCCUCUUUGCCAUCCUGAAAAAGAAGCCUGAAAAAGGCAGAAGCAAAACCUUCUCCACGUGCAGUGCCCAUCUGCUCUCUGUCUCUUUGUUCUGUGGCACUCUCUUCUUCAUGUAUGUGCAUCCCGGGUCUGGCCCAGCUGAAAAUCAAGAUAAAAUGUAUUCUUUAUUUUACACGAUAAUGAUUCCCUUUCUAAAUCCUUUUAUUUACAGCCUGAGAAACAAAGAGGUUAUAGAUGCCUUGAGAAGAAUAAUGGAGAAAUAA